AUGACUUCCACACAACCACCAUUGUACCUCUCUGUUCCCUCCACAAAUAUUGUCCGCCGGUGCAACGUGAUGGCCGACGAGGAGGAGGUAGCUCUGUUUUUCGCAUCCUGCAUGAAGGAUCCGGCGCGUCCAACUCACUGCGCCAGGGUUCUCUGCAGCUGCCUCCAGAUAUUGGAUGGUUCGGAACCAUAUGAACCCUCCGCGCUGUACCGACCCUACCUCGUGCCUCAAAACAAAGACUACGAGGACAUUCGUAGGAUAUACUCCGAAGGCCUGAACACGUCCGUCGCAUUCCUGACCUUGCCUCGCUCAAACAAGGAGACCGAGGACCUCGACGCCUUCCUCAGUACGUGUUCAUGCUCAUUCUCGCCGGCCAAGAAUGCGACAGAGGCGAGACUGUUGCUGUGGCUGCAUGCAUUCGAGGCUGCUCGUCGGCUCACCCUCCGGGACUUAACUGAAGCGCUCAUCCGCCAUCUCGGUGGUGUACUCAACCAUGCAGUUGAAUCAAGGACUGUUGGGGGUACUACUGUGAUGGGUGGCCUCGCCAAGCACCGCAAAAAGCAUGCCGGAAAGCCUCUUUGGCCGACGGACCCCAGCCAACUCAUCCCUUACUCGGCCUUACCAUAA